GCCAAGUAGAGGUGUUUGUAGAAACCUUUUAACCUUUUUGGAUAAAUUCGCUAUUUCUCUAUAAAGUAGGGAUCUAUAUGAAAUAACUGGAAAACAAUCGGGGAUGAAUGUACAUUUUUAACCUUUACCUUGUUCACUCCAGAAUCUUCUUCAAUUUUGAGCUCUUGAACUCAAUCGCCGUUCUUCCAUCGACCGUCCACACAGUUCCGGCGCCGUCUAUCCAAUUUAGCUUCCGCUGCAAAACAUGAGUCAUAACCCGGAGGUUCUUUGGGCUCAGCGUUCUGAUAAGGUUUACCUAACCGUGGCCUUACCUGACGCAGAGGACAUUUCAGUAAAAUGUGAGCCUCAGGGCCUAUUUAGUUUCUCUGCUCUUGGUCCCCAAGGCAAGCUCUUUGAGUUCAGCUUGGAGCUUUAUGGGAAAAUUGUGCCAGAAUAUAGAAAGAAUGUUGGGCUAAGGAACAUCAUAUUUUCAAUUCAGAAAGAAGAGAGAAGCUGGUGGCCACGAAUUCUGAAGUCAGAAGACAAACCUGCACCUUACAUUAAAGUCGACUGGAAUAAAUGGUGUGAUGAGGAUGACGAGGACAACUCUGAAACAGCCUCCGAUGAUGAGAGUGCAUUUGUUGAUCAAGAUUGUGAAAGCAGCGAUGACGAUGGAUUGCUCUAUCUUCCAGAUCUGGAAAAGGCAAGAAGCAAGUAGCUAGCCAACUCUGUUUCGGAAGCUGAAGAAAAGGUAGAAGAUUAAGAAGUGAAGCAGAGUGGUUUAGGAUGAUCACCUGACUCAACCCGAACACUUAGUUGCUGCGGUUUGCUCGGGUUUACCUCUGAUUUAGGUUUCUUAGGGGAAUCAGCUUUAGUUGUCUUUGAUAUAGUUUCCCAGUUUCUUUGACUGAAUUUGGCAUUUUAUUUGGUGUUUGGUUCGCACCAGAUCCGUUUUCGAUGUUUUGUGCGGUAUGUGAACUCUACCAAGGUUAAUGUAAGGAUUGGACUCUAAUACCAUUUACUAAUUGUGUCUUUUGGAAUGAUUCAGAUUCAUUUUUUAGCUCUUACUAAUGCGUGAAGCUCUUGUGCUCGAAUAUUUUAGUGAUUGUAUCUAAC